AUUGUCUCUGGUUUGACUCUCUCUGGACCUCAUUUUGACUGGCAACACAUGACUUACCAUUAUUUAGUGGACUUUCUCAUACAGAUAGUUUGGGGAUUCACAUAUGACACAAACUAACUGGGAACUAUUCUGAUUCAGAGUAUUUCUUAUAUUUGUCUUGUCCAACAUCAUCAUGGCGGAGUCUGGUUUUCCUUUACCACCAGAAGCUUAUUGUCCACUGUGUGUGGACACAUUGAGAGACCCGGUCACCAUUCCAUGCGGUGACACCUAUUGCCUGGAGUGCAUCAAGAUCUACUGGGACCAGUUUGACCACAUGGGUGUGUACAGCUGCCCACAAUGCCGUGCAACUUUCACGCCACGGCCCGUGCUGAGACGCAACCUGCCCGACGUAAACUACGAGCCACGGCACCAGCAUCCUCAGCUCACACCUUUUCCUGACUUGAAUCGCGAAUCCUUUUGCGAUUUCUGCGUCGGCCGUCGCAGCAAGGCUGUCAAAUCGUGCCUCAUGUGCUUGGCCUACUACUGCGAGACGCACGUCAAGCCUCAUUAUGAGUCGUCGACCUUCAAAAGACACAAGCUGGUGGAUGAGACGGGCCACCUGGACAGGAAGAUCUGCCCCCAGCAUGAGAAAGGCCUGGAGUUGUUCUGUCGCUCUGACCAGAUGUGUAUCUGUGUGCUGUGUACUGUCAGAGAGCACCGCAGCCACAACAUUACCUCAGCAGAAGAAGAGCGUGUUGAGAAACAAAAAGUCCUGGUGGUCACCCAGUCUGAGGUUCAGCACAUCAUUCAGGAGAGGAUGAAGGAACUGCAGGAGCUCAAGCAUAAUGUGGAUGUUCUCAAAAGUGCUGCCCAGCGAGCACAGGCAGAAAGCGAUAAGACCUUCCAUGAAAUGCUCCAGGCAGUGGAGCGCUGGAAGGCUGAAAUCCAUCAGAUGAUAACAGCCAACAUGCAGGCAGCGAUGUCACAGGCCGAGGGCUAUGUAGACCGCCUGGAGCAGGAGAUACUGGAGCUGCAGCGCAGAGACGCCGAGCUACGGCAGAUCCUCGAAACAGAGGACAACAUUCACUUUCUGCAGAAUUUUCCAACCUUGCGUGUUCCUCCUGAGGCCAUGGUGCCCAAAGUGCUCAUCAACCCUCAGUUCUCUUUUGGAGAAAUGAGCAAGACAGCCACAGAGAUGAAGGAACAUCUGGAUGACAUCUGUAAGAAAGAAUUGAGCAAAAUCUCCAAGACAGUGAGUGAAACGCCUGUGUACAUACUUUUACCAAGAAAUGGAGACAAAAGACUUAAAGUUCCUUCCAGAGUAGAUUUUCAGGAGCCAAAAACAAGAACGGACUUCUUGAGAUAUUCCUGUAAGAUGUCCUUUGAUCCAAACACAAUCUAUAAAGAGCUGGUUUUGUCAGACGGUAACCAGAGGGUCACACGGAAGAAAACAGUCCAGUUUUACCCAGAUCACCCAGAACGCUUUGAUGGCUUCUCCCAGGUGUUGUGCAAGGAACCUCUGACUGGUUUCAGAUUUUACUGGGAGGCAGAGUGGAGCGGAGAGUUUUCAAUUGGGGUGGCCUACAAGAGCAUCAGUCGUAAAGGGAAGAAUUCGCACAGUCUGCUGGGCUACAAUGAUAAGUCCUGGAGUCUCCUCUGCUCAGACUCAGGCUACUCUGCUUGGCACAACAAAACAGACCAAGACCUUCCUGGUGCUCUCCGGGCUACACGAAUUGGUGUGUACCUGGACUAUGCAGGCAAUACUGUAGCCUUUUACUCAGUAUCAGAGACUAUGGAGCUUAUCCACAGAUUCAAAGCUCAGUUCAGUGAGCCUUUGUAUGCUGGUUUUGGUGUGGGCUCCUCAGUGACCCUCUGCCAAAUGAAGCAGAAUCCCAUGCCUUACUAAGAUUUUUAAAAUGAGAAGUUGGUCUAUCCUGAAGAGUAUAGAACUCACAGGCUCUGAGUAAAUACAAAAUAUGGGCUGUGCAGUACAAUCUAAAAUCACUGUUUGCAAAAAUUUAUUUUAAUCCUUCUCUUGCACAGAUUUUCAAUGUUGUCAUGACCACACUUAUUAGCAUUAUCCUGUAUACAUGCUGAUAAUAUCUCUCUGAAUGUAAUUUUAAGGUCAUUAUUUUAGAUUUAUGAGCCAAUGUGUUGUGUAAUUCACGCAAGUUUCUGUUUGGAAAAACGUAUACUGAUUUACUACUGAGACUGCAAGUAAAAUACAAUCUUUAAUUCAGCUGUGUUGUUUUUAUGAAAAUUAUUUGUGGCUGAAACAAUUUGCAGAUAGAUGACAGAUUUAUUCAUGCCAUUUUGGGUAUGUCUGUGUAUAUGUACAGUAAAAAUAGCAAGCCCCUUUGGAGGCUUUGGAUAUUUUGGAUGUGCACUUUGUGCAAACUAAUUUCCCUCUUGGAGACAAUAAAAUCUAACUCUUUAAUCUAAUAGUGUUUAAUAACUUAUUUUUCUUGAUCAAACCUAAUUAACAUAAUUGUUGGAGCAAUUUUAUACAAAUACACAGAUAUCCUCUCAUAGAAUUGUUGUAUUUAGUGGACAGUUUCCCCACCCUGUAUUGAUAGAGGAGCGGUGGAACAUUACUAAGAUCCAGAUAUUCACUGAGAUAAUCGUUAUUAUUUUCCAUCUUACAUUUGAAAUGCAAUAGUUAACCUUUACAUGCUGUCUUCCAUGCAAAAUCAUGUUAUUUUUUGCAGUUUUUUAAAACUUUCAUAGUUUUUCCCAUUAGUCAUCUUUUAGCUCACCUGAUUUGCAAAAGAAAUUACUCUGCUGUGUGAGUGACUCCCAUCACUGAUGAUAACCACUGAUUUAAAAUAAUUCAAAACUUGGCCACUCUUUGAUAUGUAAUGUUUUGAUAAUCUCUUGAUGAAUGAGUCAUGAAUUCCAUGUAUCUGAGCAUGUUUGGUUACCAGAGAACUUUUUUUUUAACAAAACUGCAAGGAAAAAUGAAUUUAUCUAAUGUAUCCUCACUCUCUGACACCACCACUGCAAUCAUCACCUCCACCUCGAUCAAUUUCGUCCUGAGUCUGCCGACCAACAUCUACAUCGUGUGGCUAAUUGUGAGCAGUGCGAGAGGCACGUUGGUGGCAGAGUUCUUUCAUUCAACCUGGCCAUGUUUGAGAUUCUCUUCUGCUUGCUCUCUGUUUUCAGGUUUCUCAGAACCACCUUCCCCUCAGUGAAAUUUCUAUUAAAAUUUCAACAUGGUUUACUGUGGAGUGGCAGUCCUGUGCUGCAGUGCUGUAUCUGUAUAGAGCUGUUUCUGGCUAUGGUUUACCCUAUGCUGUUCCUCAGUUAUAAACUGUUGAGGUACAAGGUGGUUUUCUCUGGGGUGGCUUUGGUGGUUAUCAUUGGCUUCUCUGUACUUUACUCACUCCCUCUCAGCAUUAAGCAACUUGUAUAUGUGAGUGAAUGUAUGGUCUUAAUAUCAGUGAUCCUGUUCUGCUACUUUUCAGUUCUUGUGGCUUUAAAAAGCCCAGGGCCAGGGGAGGGGAAAAAGGGGAGAGACAACAACAUGAAAAGAAGAGCAUUUAUCACUAUCUUAGUGAUCAUUGUAUCAUUUGUGGGCACCUACAUGUUUUGGUCUGUUGUUAUUCUAGCCAGUCUAAGCUUUUGGGCUUCACAUCAUAGGAGAAUACUGACAGUUAUUUGCACUAGUAUUACUUUUGUCACUGGGUUUGUCCAGGCUCUUAUGUAUCUGCAAAAGACUGGAAAAAUGUCCUGCAGUAAAGCUGUGUGAGGAUACACACAUGGUCAGUGUUCACUCUUGACUUAAUGGGAAUGGUACAGAGUUGUAGAAAGCUCAAAGGUCUAUUUACUGAUUUGUUUGAAGCUUUCAGAUUCAUCUCAUCAUCUUUAUUCUUCUACUGGCUGUAAAUUU